AUUUAACCAAUAGGUAGCAGAGGCCAGACUUGGCUUUCGGUGAGGGAUUGCUGGUGCUGUUUCAAUUAUGGCCACCGUGUGUCGCUACUGAAUGAAAGCAGGGAGUAGGUCAACAAUGACGUCAUUGCGAGAGUAUUUCAAGAUGGCGCCGGAAUGUUGCUGGAAUACCGCCGCGGACAGAUGAGAAAACGACAACAGGCAACAUUUAAGCUCUUUUGUCCGCGGGCCGACGCCGACUCGCCCCUGGGGAGGAUGUUGUGUUGCCGCAAAUGAACGCGUCGGGCCCGUAAAGCGUCAGCUAGUCCCCCAGCUGCCCCUCGGGCCAACCUCUCCGACCACCUGGGCAUGCGGUUAAGAUGCGGCUAAAAUGCUAACCUCCUCCCGCUGCGGUUUUGGGCCGACGGGGCGGGCUGGGCGGUUCGAGGCUCGAGCCGGCCGGCGGGCCUGAGGCUCAUGGCGGCGCUCAUGGAGUUCGCGGGCUCGGUGGUCGUCGACGUGAACGACAACGAGGAGGAAGGUGGCGGCGUCAGACGAGCGGCGGCGGCGCUCAAACGUCCGGUGACGCGGCAAGAAAGUGACGAAGCUGGCGGGAUGCUGGACCUGGCGCAGGGCUGCCUCCGGGACCCCCGCGGCCUGAACGGAAGCACCGAGUUGCCGUGUGAGGAGGAGAAGGCGGAAAAUGAGUCGGCGGCUAGACGAGGAAAAAGAGGAACUGGCCUUCCCGCUUCUUGUCCAGCUGCGCCCGGGGCUGGAGUGUCAAUCGCCUCGACGGGUUCGGUCGGGCAGCCAUGUUCGGGAAAAGCACCGGGGACGUGUCCAUGCUCCCAACCGCAAGCAGGCGUCAUGCCCAAUGGGCGUUCUGACGGCUGCGCCGCGGACCGGCCGCAGGCGGUCGUCAACGGGGACUGUCAUGCCGCCACCGAGGUCCGAGACGACCGCAGUGACCGGCCCGUCUCCGUGCAACCCUCCGAGUCGGCCUCAAGCGCCGCCGGACCCCCCUCGCCAGAGCCUUCAGCCUCCUCCGAACUGAGCGACGACAACUCGCCCUCCGAGGAAGACGAGGAGGACAUUGCCGGACCCGCUUGGGUCGUCAGGCCUCAAACUUUGCGGACCGAAGCGAACCUUAGCAUGUCGCUCAGCUGCGACGCCACCCCGCUGUCGCCCCUCGACGAGGCGAGCUUCUGCUUCGGGGAGCACUGCGGCGACUUUCGGGGAGUUUUAGAAGCGGGCCGACGCCAGAGUGCACCCGAACAGGACCUGCGAGCGCAGGCGAACUGCGACGAGAGCGCUCUCGCCCCCAAGAGGUUCGGAAUUGUUCACUUCUUCACCAGGAGCCUGUUCCCUCGGAGAGCCAAAGAAUCCGCAUCAGGUUGGCGACUGUUCGGCAAGCCCAGAGAGGACGCCGGCAAAGACGGAGGAGGACCCGCCCCCUCGGGCUCCGCCGAGCAGGUGUCUCCUCAGCGCCCUCCAGCGGCGGGACGGAGGAAGAACCUCGACUUCGAGCCCCUAUCCACCACCGCGCUCAUCUUGGAGGACCGCCCGCCGAACCUUCCGGCCAAAUCUGAGGAGGAAACGCAAAGACACAAACUCGAGUACGAGGAGAUGGUGGCCGGGGCCAAGAGGAGAGAGUUAAAGGACGCCCAGAAGAAGAAGCGUCAGAUGAAGGAGCGACAUCGACACGAGGACAGCAUCUCCAACGCCAUGGUGGUCUGGAACACGCACAUCCUACCCAACUGGGAUGCUAUGAAGGCCACGCGUCGUGUGAGGGAGUUGUGGUGGCAAGGCCUCCCUCCCAGCGUGAGAGGCCGCGUGUGGAGCCUCGCCAUCGGAAACGAGCUCAACAUCACAGCGGAGCUGUAUGACAUCUUCCUGUGUCGCGCCAAAGAGAAAUGGAGGAGCUACAGCGAGACCAGCUCAGUCAACGACGGCGAGAGUGACGGCGGCGCCUCGCUCGCCGACAGAGAGUCCAGUCUGGACCUCAUCAAGCUGGACAUCUCUAGAACCUUCCCCUCGCUCUUCAUAUUCCAGAAGGGUGGUCCCUACCACGACGUCCUUCACAGCGUCUUGGGAGCGUACACGUGCUACCGACCCGACAUCGGAUACGUUCAGGGAAUGUCCUUCAUUGCCGCCGUCCUCAUCCUCAACCUGGAAGAGGCCGACGCCUUUGUCACCUUUGCCAACCUGCUCAACAAACCGUGCCAGAUGGCCUUCUUCCGCGUGGACCACGACCUGAUGCUGAAGUAUUUCGCCGUGUUCGAGGUGUUCUUCGAGGAGAACCUCCCGCGCCUCUUCAACCACUUCAGGAGCAACAAGCUGACGCCCGACCUCUACUUGAUCGACUGGAUCUUCACUCUGUACAGCAAGUCCCUCCCGUUGGACGUUGCGUGCCGCGUGUGGGACGUGUUCUGUCGCGACGGCGAGGAGAGCCUGUUCCGCACCGGCUUGGGUAUUUUGCGCCUGUUCCAGGAUGUCUUACUGCAGAUGGACUUCAUCCGCAUGGCGCAGUUCCUCAGCCGGCUGCCCGAAGACCUUCAGGCGCACGCGCUCUUCGCCGCCAUGGCCGCCACGCACAUGAUCAGCAGGAGCCGCCGCUGGGCUCAGGUCUUCUCGUCACUGCUGAAGGACAAAAACAAAGAGACGGACAACAGCGGAAGCUAACGCUAUUCUAGCGUCAUGCGUCUAUGCGGCAGCGUCAUCACCGUCCAUUCCAGCCGGCGUGACCCCCCCCCCCCCCCCAUACCCCCACACAUUUCGACAGCUUCCUCCUGGACAUUUUUGGUCACUCGUUGAGGAAGUGAAAGUUUUUUUUUGCUCUGGGCCCGUGAAGUGGGUCAAAGGCGAAAAUGGAUACGCACAAACCGCAACGAAGGUUUAGAGGCAACCUGAGCGUGUUUUGUUUCGUGUUUUUUUUCCCCCUCCGCACACGCGUAACUCCCACUUGAGAUCCUUGCGUGUAACUUGAGUGAGUCGCCCGCACUCCCUGACUGUGCCAGCGACAUCCGAGAGCGCCUGCAUCGCUUUUUAAAAGUUUUGGUUGGCUGGCAGCACAAGCGCGGCUCCACAAGUGCCGUGCUCAAGAAAACAAAAAAAAAAAACACCAAGGCGUUUUCAACACUUUAUAAUGGAUCGAUUAAUCGAUCCAUUAAUAUCAAAAUUAAUCAACAGUUAUUAUGAUCAUCGACUUAACUUCAAAAUGUCCAAAUAAUCUUGAUUUUUUUUUUCAGAUUUCUGUCAUCCUCCCUGAAAGCAGAUUUAGAUUGUCAAAACGGGUCAUUUGCAACCAUUCGUGUUUUCGUUGGAAAGCUCGCGACCUUUUUGCCAAUUUUCCCUUCCGAACCAAACUAGUAUCUGAAGCAAUCAUUGGCACAAAAAAAAGCUUUGAAUCUAUGUCAAAAAGAACUUUGCAAAUGCAACAUGUAUAACCUCUCACCAAACAAAUAAUCAACAAUCAUGCUAAAUUAACAGUGAUGGUAAACAAAAAAAAAUUAUCGCAGUAACCUUCAAUGCAAAGUGUUCUUACUCGAUUAUCCAAUUAAUCGGUGAAAUGAUAGAAUAACCGAUUCUUAAAAUAUUCGACACCUGCAGCCCUUCUGUGUGUGGCCAACCAACAAAAACAACCUCCAAAUCAGUCCAAGUGAUUGUUGUUGCACUCCCGACCAGCAGGGGCAGCAUUCCAUUGAAAUCCUGACCUGAUGUCUGUCGCCCAUUUCAAUCAAGCAUUGAGACUGAUUUUAACGUUUGGAUGUUUUGUUUUUUUUUUAAAUGCAGUGGAUUCAUGUUACACAAAACUGUUUUAUUUGAAUUUGCUUCUUUUCUAUAUCAAGAUGCUUUUCAGCCUUGUUUUAUUGUAACAUUUUUAAUGUACAGUUUUUUUCCCCCCCCAACGGCUUCCAGGUAAUGUAAAUACAGUAAAGCGAGGCGGGGGGGGGGGGGGGCUUUUCAUAAAUGGCCACAAGUUAAACAUGUAAAUAAAUAAAUAAAUAAUGUGUCCAGCUGUUUUACAA